CCUUGGUUGUAAUAACUUGUCGGCUAUUUAUUAACUUUUAGUUUUGCUGAGAAGCCAACAACACAACAACUGGGUGCUUAUACUUGUUAACAAACGACUUAACUACCCUAAGUAAAUGAUUCCAGUUAGUCAGGAAGUUUGUGUAUACGGCUACUCGCAGCUCGCACGACGCAGAAUGAAAAACAAGCAAACUUUUCUCGUAUUGGCCGUACAGACUAUGCACGAUAACUGGCGACGAGAUCACACCGUAGCGCCACUUCCUGUUGCUCUUUUCUCCCUGAAUCUGUGUAAUAAAAUACACCAGACAUGCUUACUACGGGAUGUAAUAUAAUACUGUAACAGAGUCGCUAAGAGUAUGUACGUAACUUUGAAAAAUACUUCGUAUAGCAAAGUGCUUCCGAUUGUAAAUUUAAAGUUACAACGGCUGGAAAGUGUCACCUAAAUUGUACAUGACGUUUCUGUCUUGCACAUGAGUGAAAAAAGCUUUCUGUACCGGCACUAUUCUGGGAAAUAUGAUCAAAUCGUCCUGCCCAACCCAGUGUCCCAUCCUUUACAGGCAUAAACACUGACGUAAUGUUUUGAACGUCACAAUAAAAUAUGGUACCCGCCACUGGAGUGUGACGAGACAGCUAGUAAUUGUUACGUUGCGGUAGAUUGGAUUUGGCACACAUUUGGGGAAUGUUUUUGUAAGCAAAGACAAAAAUGCAUAAAUGGGAAGAAUAAACAACUCUGUGGUCCCCAGCGACGAUGAAAUACUUAGUAAAAGAGGUUAUAAAUUGGACCGUGUUCUCGGAGAAGGCAGCUAUUCAAAAGUAAAGUCCGCGCUAUGGAAAAAACCUGGUAGUAACGAAACUUUGCAAGUUGCUAUCAAGAUAAUUAAUCGUACAACUGCCCCGCAAGACUUUAUUGAACGGUUUUGGCCGCGAGAACGAGAUUUAAUGGAAGUUUUGCAGCAUGAUAAUGUCAUUCAGAUGUUUGACAUAUUUUCUGAAGCCAACAAAAUUUACAUGUCGCUAGAAAGGGCGACACACGGAGACCUAUUAGAUUACGUCCAAUUAAAAGGUCGCCUUGGAGAACAAGAAACUCACAAGUAUUUUUCGGAGAUGUGUAAUGGUAUAAAGUACCUACACGGACUACAAAUCGUUCAUCGAGAUUUAAAAUGCGAAAAUAUGCUUCUAACUGCACAAAACUCGAUAAAAAUUGCCGAUUUUGGUUUCGCAAGAAAAAUGUCUAAAAGCGAAAUAAGUAAAACGUUUUGCGGCAGUGCAGCGUAUGCAGCUCCUGAAGUUCUAAGGGGAGUACCUUAUGAAGGAACUUCAUCUGAUAUCUGGAGCCUCGGGGUUAUUUUGUUUAUCAUGGCAUGCGCGCUUAUGCCGUUUCGGGACACCAGUCUUUCAAAAAUUCUGAAGGAUCAGAAAAAUACGCCCAAUUUCCCGGAAAAACAUAAACUCAAUAAGCGGUAUUGUCAUCUCGUUACCAAUAUACUAAGGUACGACUUGAAAAAAAGAUUUAGCCUACAAGAUAUAUUACAUCACGAUUGGCUGACAACUAUAUAUAACAAACCAAGGCCAGACCCGUCUGUUAGCUCAACAGAUUCAGGAAUUGAAAGCGACAGAUCUCUUUCUAUUAUAUCGUCAGAAUUAUCAGAACUAUGCCCAUCGUAACGAUUAAAAUCAACAGCAACAAAAGGGUUUUAAAUUUCUGAUUUAUUUUCAGUGUCUGAUGUUUCGGGUUUUUGCAAAUCUUUUAUUUCUGUCUUUUCCUCAAUGGAAGCAGGUAGUUUUUUGGGUGGAAUGACUUUUAAAAUAGCAGUUUUCCAAUCCUGUAGUUUUAGGUAUGCGAGAAGAAUUUCAAAAACUGCAAAGUAAUAAAAAUAUUGUUACAUUAAUAGUAGAAAGCAUGUAAGCUUAUGCCUAUUGUAGUAUAUAUAAAUUACUCUUUAACAGAGCGCAUAAUAUACAGUUUAACAACCUUUUUUGUGGCUGUGUACCAUCUUUUCUUACAGGUUACCAUGUAUGGUACAUUGUGGGUGAUUAGUUUUUGAUGAUUAUAAAGAAAAUAAAACUGUAAAUUUUCUAC